AUGGAGAAGGAAGGCAUGAGUUCCGUGGAUGUGGUGGUUUCUGAGAGCGGUUGGCCGUCGGGCAGAGGCGGACUCGUCACCACUCCGCAGUUUGCACAAGCUUAUAAUCAACAUUUUGUGAAGAAGUUUAUGGCCAUGCAAUCGACUCCUAAGAGGCCUAACCACUACUUGUAUCUUCAAAAGAUGUCAUCAAGUUUGACUAUCCUCGUUCUAUCAACAGUAGCAUUAUUGCUGCACUACCACGUCGGAAUUACAGAGGCGGACAUCGGGGUGAACUACGUAUCGGAAGGAUUCAAUCGGCCACCUCCGGCCACGGUGGUCCAACUUUUGAAGAGCAACGGAAUUGGAAAAGUGCGACUUUUCGACCCGAACGUGGACAUGCUCAAUGCGCUUGCGGGAAGUGGAAUAGACGUCACGCUAGGCAUACCAAACCAAGACAUAAGGACCAUAGCAUCGAGUUACAGGGAGGCUAUGAAAUGGUUCAACACCCAUGUGCUAGCACACACCAAUUGUUGGAGAUAUUUGGCUGAAUACGUAUUACCGGCAAUGCAAAAUAUACAAGCUAUUAAGGAACUCUAUCAAUUGAAUGGAUUGAGGGUGACCACAGUAGUUGGGGCCAAUAGCUUGGGGAGUUUCGACCCACCCUCAAGCGGUGCAUUCUACGGCGAAGCUCGACCCCACAUUGUUGGAAUCCUGAAGUUCUUGUCGAACACUAGCUCGCCGUUGCUAGUUAACGUGUACCCCUAUUUUGUGUAUGCCUCAGAUCCGGCAAAGGUGAGACUAGAGUAUGCUCUAGGUACUGCGACCGUUCCAUUGGUUCAAGAUGGCAACUUGGGUUAUAAGACCAUGCUAGACGCGAUGGUGGAUGCUUACUACUGGGCGAUGGAGAAGGAAGGCGUGAGCUCUGUGGACGUGGUGGUUUCCGAGAGCGGUUGGCCUUCGGGUGGAGGCGGACUCGUCACCACUCCGCUGUUUGCACAAGCUUGUAAUCAACAUUUUGUGAAGAAGUUUAUGGCCAUGCAGUCAACUCCUAAGAGGCCUGACCACUACUUGGAAGGAUUCAUCUUUGAAAUGUUUAAUGACGAUCAGAAAUCUCCGGGCGUGGAUCAACAUUGGGGGUUAUUCAAACCGGAUGGGACGCCGGUUUAUCCUGUAUUUACAGAGGGUUGA